CCAUUCAUCUCCCUACCUCCUGAUCCUCACCCCUACCGACCUACUCAAAAAAACAUGGGCAGAUCUCCCUGUUGUGAAAAAGAACACACCAACAAAGGUGCUUGGACCAAGGAGGAAGACGAGCGCCUCAUUAAUUACAUCAAACUUCAUGGUGAAGGUUGCUGGAGAUCCCUCCCUAAAGCUGCAGGUUUGCUUCGAUGUGGGAAGAGUUGCAGGCUGAGAUGGAUAAAUUACCUUAGGCCUGAUCUCAAGAGAGGAAACUUCACUGAAGAAGAAGAUGAACUCAUCAUCAACCUCCAUAGCCUACUCGGAAACAAAUGGUCCUUGAUUGCUGCACGUUUACCAGGAAGAACGGACAAUGAGAUUAAGAAUUACUGGAAUACUCACAUCAAGAGAAAGCUCUACAGCCGUGGAAUUGACCCACAGACUCACCGUCCACUCAAUUCUACGGCAGUGGCCGCCACUACCACCACUACCACAGCAAUAACAGCAGCAUCCAACACAAAAAGAAGUACUAGAAACAACAUUUGCAGCAAAAACAACGACACUAAUUUUCAGUUUGACACGCAAAAUUCUAUGCCGGCACCGGCGAAGCAGGAGUUCCCCACCAGCAUAGACUUCAGUACCGCCAAUACUGUAAGGAUGGGAGCGGAAUCUGCCGAGGAUUCAAACAGCAGUAGCGGUGUCACGACGGAAGAAGUGUCUGUGUUUCCUCAGUUUAUUAAUCUAGAACUUUCCAUCGGGCUUCCAUCUCAGGUGCCUCAAGUUUCUUCAAAGCAGCAAGUACAAGAACGGCAGACUUUUCAGUUGUUUGGAACUUCCGGUUCUCCAGUCAUUACUCCGCUAGACUCCGUGUGCUUGUGUUGCAGUCUAGGGUUUCAAAGAAACCAGGGAUGUAACCGGUGCAGUAGCAGUACUGCUGCCGUGGCACCCACCAUUGUCACAGCUGACAGUGUCUAUAGAUAUUGUUGAUGUUCUCAUCACAAGAAAAAUCUAUGAUGAAAUGGUUGUACUAAGGAUCGAUCUCAAAGUAAUUAGAACUUUUCAGAAAAAAAAUUUUGCCAUAUAGAACUUUUUGUGUUUAAUGGAAAUAAAGUUUUUGGGCUUAU